AUGUCAAUCACAACGCCUAGCAUAAGCGACAUGCUCGAAAGACUGCCGGACGAGAUCUUUGAUCACAUCGGCGACUACGUUACCACAUCCGAAGCGACCGCGAUGCCUUCAAGGACAAUGGACGCGUCUAUGGAUCCCUCAAUCCCACCCGCCGACGGAUCAUCGCCUUUACUUGGACUGCCUCGCGAGUUGCGCCGCGCCAUCUUUGCUUAUGUCUUGCCGCCCGAGGACAAGAUCGUUGAGCCUUAUGACAAGCUCACCAAGCCUGAAGCUGCUCCUGAUGCUGCGUCAGUUGCAUCUGCCGUCCCAGCCGCGCCUAUCGCACAUGCUGCUCCUGGCUUUGCAACAGUCAUACAGACACACAUCCAAUGGUUGCAGUCACAUCAGCCGACCAGACACUGUCCCGCAAAGAAGAAUCGGAAGCCAGUCAAGGUGGAGCUCACUCUUGCCGUAGGCGACGCGCUUAUCCUCUGCAAGUCGAUCACCGCCGAGAUUCUGAUUACACUGUACGAAGAGCGCACCUUUGCUCUCAACGUCUACGACGGCAUCCGAGAUGGUGGCAUUGAGUUUCUCAACUCUGGUCGUCAGCGUCUGCAGUACCGUGAGCACUUCACUUUCGUGCGUUUCAAGCGCUUCGAAGACCCUGAUGAUCCUUUUGGUUUCUCACGCAUCAAGCGCCUCCUGAUUCGUGUUUACCCAGCCACUGAGGCCGGCAGACAGCGCAAGAGCAGUCGCCAUGAUGCUGUGCACACUCACUUUAUGCUCCGCGCUCUGGUCAACUUGCUCAAGCAGAAUGGCGAGCAUGGUCUCAAUCAACUCUGCAUCCGCUUUGUUGAGCCUCAGAACACUUCAUGGAGUCCUCAUCCCUGGCAAAACACUUCCAAAUUCUCUGUGCGCAACUCUUCUAUCCAUGGUAUCUCUACUGUCGAGGUCAUUCUGCGCGGCCUGCUCGAACUUCGCCAAGUGCAGACUGCAGUGUGUGAACUUCCUCCUGGUCUGUACAGAGACACUGCCCUCGCUGCUUUUGUCGACCGCCUGCAGGGCGUCAUCACCUGCAAACUCCACUCUAGCACCAUCGACGACGAAAUCACCACCAUGAUCGAAGGCGCCAGAGAUAUGCUCGACAACUGGAUCCAUCUCACCAUGUUCAGCACCAAAGCCUCGAGAGCCAUGACUGGCCUGACAGAUGCCGAUUUCAUGAACGUGGAGAAUGCCGAUGCUUUCGAUUACUCUCCGGACGAGGAUGGCUUCUACGAGACACCUGUUGAUAUCAUUGAACCCGCAAACGAGUCUCAAGCCGUGGUCCCCCCGCCUCAGCUUCGCGAUGUCUACGAAAAGCGUAUCACGACUACCGAUGCCACAUACAACGAGGACAAGGAUGCCAAACUUCACACCUCCGAAUCCGAGUCCAAGCCCAAGCCUGGACCCUCGUCAUCAACCAAAAACGAUGCCAGACCCGCUCGCACCAACUCGACCAGACGCUCAGCUCGCAAGUCUCCCCUGACUUCCGCCAGUCGCGAAUCCAGCGGCGGCGCUUCACUCUUUGGAAUAAUAUCCUCGAUGACGACGAUUCGUUUGUCCGUCGCCCUGAGCGUCGCUCAUCGGCACACCUUGACAGCAUUGCAUCUGCUGCUAGACCAGGACUGA